GUGUGGCCGAGGCCGCUCCGAGGCCAGAUUGGCCAGAAAUGAGCAGCAGUUAUCAGCUAAUGAUUGGCAACUUGCGAUACAGUUGUCUGUAUAGAUCUGCAUUAACAAGACAAUUCGACGGCUGAAAAGUGAAAUUGAAAACAAAGUUUUUGUGAUUUUGACACCGCUUGUCACUAAAGCACACGUGCCUUCUCACAUUCGCUUUAAGCGCGACAAUCAGAUACACCUCACUUGUUAGCGCUGCGGGGCGCUGGCAACGUUGGCGACGCCAUGACGAAGGACGCGCCAAGCACGCCAGACGAUAUCAAUAAGGCGUUCAAAGCAAACACAAAGAAAGCGCCUAUCCAUCACCUGACGAGCCUAGCUCGCAGCAACACUCAAGCAAACUUGCUGCGGUCAAUUGAAAAAUCACAGCAGGUCACAGUUCGCUUUGAUGAUGUGUGUGCUUGGGUUCCAAUGCUUGUGCUGCCGGGCGGCGGGCCUAGCCAGGUCGGCGCGCUCCUAACAAAGUGCAAGGGCGGAGCUGGAGGCACGGACGUGGAGGCGCCCAAACAACAAGUGCCACCGCCCAAGGAGCGGCAGGUCCUAUUCAACAUCUCCGGCGAAGUCACCCCUGGAGAGGUUCUGGCGCUGAUGGGCCCCAGCGGCGGCGGCAAGACCAGUCUGCUGACUCUGCUGGGCGGGCGUUCUACGGCGCGCCUGGGCGGCACCAUCGCCUUCAACGGCGCCAAGAUGACCAAGGCCACCAAGCGCAAGAUGGGCUACGUCAGCCAGGACGACCUGCUGUACGCGGAGCUGACUGUGUACGAGACGCUGUACUUCGCGGCGCUGCUGCGGCUGCCGCGCAGCUGGAGCCGCGCCGACAAGCUGAGCCGCGUGGAGAUGGUGGUGGAGGGGCUGGGCCUGGAGCGCUGCCGCGACACCAUCAUCGGCAGCCACAUGAUGCGCGGCGUCAGCGGUGGCGAGCGCAAGCGUGUAUCUAUCGGCCACGAGCUGCUGAUCAACCCCAGCAUCCUAUUGCUGGACGAGCCCACAAGUGGCCUAGACAGCACCACGGCGCUGCGACUGAUGCACACGCUGCGCACGCUGGCCAGUGGCGGCCGCACAAUUGUCACAUCCAUCCACCAGCCCAGCAGCCGACUUUACCGACAGAUGGAUAAGCUCAUGCUGCUGUCUGAGGGCCGCUGCAUGUACUACGGCGACGCCCAGAGCGUGGCCACCUGGUUCAAGCUGCUGGGCCAGCCGUGCCCCUUCGGCACAAACAUCGCGGACCACAUCCUGGACCUAGCCAACGGCGACGUGCUGGUGGGCGGCGGCAACAGCGCCUCCGUGGGCAGCGGGCUGGAUGUGCUGGGGGGGCUGGGGCUGGGAGCGGACGGCGCGGAGGGCGCAGCCACCACCGCGCGCAGCGUGCACCAGUCACUGGAUGCGGCCUUUGAGCAGCGCAAGAUUGGUCGCGGCCGUGGUGGCGUCCGUGCCUCGGACCUGGAGGCCAUGGCUGCGGCUGCGGAUGCGGCGGAGCGGGCGGCGGGCGGCACGCCACGCAAGGACGGGCGCUAUGGCGGUGACGGCGACAGCGAGGACGCGGGCGCUAGCAGCGGCGACCAGGCGCUGUCGGCCACGGCGGUCAAGGUGGAGGUGGCGGCGGCGGGCGAGGAGCUGGCAGAGUCGGCGCCGGCGCCUGGCGGGGAGGAGAGCAAGUGGGGCGCCACGUGGUUUGAUCAGAUCAAGAUCCUGGUGAUCCGCUGCGUCAAGACGCGGCGCUUCCAGUCGCUGAGCACUCAGAAGUACAUCCAGCUCAUCGGCGUGGCGUUGCUGGCAGGCAUGUUCUGGUGGCAGAUUGGCGCGGACUUGCACAGCAGCCAGGCGGCUCUGGACGUGGGUGGCCUGCUGUUCUUCAUCGAGCUGUUCAUGGGCUUCGCCUCGCUCUUCGCAGCGCUUUUCACCUUCCCAUCGGAGUUCCAGAUGCUUGUGAAGGAGCGGCAGAGCGGCAUGUACCGGCUGUCGGCCUUCUACGUGGCGCGCACGGUGUCCGACCUGCCCAUGGACUGCUUCCUGCCCUCGCUGUUCACAUGGAUCGUGUACUUCAUGGCGGGACUGCGCCUCAAUGCGGGCGCCUUCUUCGCCAACUGGGCCAGUGUGAUUCUGAUCGUGCUGACCAGCCAGAGCAUGGGGCUGCUCAUCGGCGCCACCGUCAUCAACCCGCAGAACGGCCAGACCAUCGCCACCAUCUUCAUGCUGUCCACCAUGCUGGUGGGCGGCUACUACGUGCGCGGCAUUCCUGUUUGGAUCUCCUGGCUCAAGUACGUGUCCUUCAUCUACUGGGGCUGGAACCUGCUGCUCAAGAUCGAGUUCUCAAACCGCGCUUUCCCCUGCUCCGGCAUCGACGGCGGCGUCAACGGCGGCAGCGGCAACUCCACGUUGGCGGCGGCGCUAUCGCCCAGCGGCGUGUGCUCGGUGGGGUCGGCCAACAUCUUCGAGGUGGACGUGGACGCGCCGGUGACCAAGGAGGUGUGCAUCCUCAUCGCCAUGCUCAUCUUCCUGCGCCUGUGCAUCUAUUACGCGCUGCAGUACAAGACCACCUUCAAGGGCCGGAACUAAGAGGCAUGGGCUGCGGCGCAGCCAAGGAGCUAGCGGCGUCUAGAGUCGCGCAGUGUGCAGAUCGUUGGGGGCAGCGCCUGGGCACUGCGAUACCGACACUGUUCUACAGCGCUGGUAAGGGGUGUGUCAAAGGAUCUGGGUACGAGAGGGUCGAUAGCCUGGGGCCACGGAGAGCCGUGUGGAGAUAGGGCUGCACGUGCGACAAUACAUAUGCAGUCACGCUUUGGCCAAAUUUGAAGUCCGUAAGCAAAUGAAGUUGUGAGGAGCUGGGGGGCAGGCAUGUACGGGCUGCGGCAAGGGGUGUCCUGGGUGUAUGGCCUAUUUAUGUGCAUGCAAGGUAUGGACCCAAGUACACCUAAUGUGUGAGGCGCCUGCCGUUGUCCUUGUCAGUCACGAUUGUUUAUUCAGCAAGCUAGGCGAGGGUGCGCUUUAGUGGCGGCCCAACCGUAAACUCAAAAGGUGAACUGAGCUGAGUGGAGUGGAGUCGAUAAACGGAGUGUGCAUGAGAAUGGUGCAAAUGCCAGGACAGUCAUUUCUGUUUCUGCUUUAACCGUGACGCGACCUGAAGUCGUGCGUGUGUGAGCGGUUGUGUGAGGUGAGCAGUAGGGCACACAAGGGACGAAAGGUUGCUCAUGAUGUUAUGAACAGACGAGAUCAAUGCGUGAUGAGGGGGCGGCGUGAUGCGGGGGUCGGGAUACGGUAACUCGAUGACGUAACGGAGUCGGUAUGAGGGCCCGUCGUCUCUAUGGCGGGCAUAGCGUGGCACAGUGGGAAUUAUUGCUGUUUGAUUUGUUGCCUGUUGACAGCGGGACGCGGCUGGACACAUGGCGGGCGGUACCUGUAUGUCCGGGCGAUGAGGUUGUUCGGCCUCAGACUGUGGAGGGGCUCAGCCACUUUUCCCGUGACCGGGGAACAUUUGUCCUUUGCGAGCAUGAGAGCCACCUUUCUUGUCUCCAUCUUGGUGAUUGUAAUCCCUGAUUAUGCGAAAAAGAUGACGUGAUUGAGCGCAGGGGAAGUAUCUCCCGUGGGUACCCCCCCCCCUGAUUUAGCACUGAGCAGUACGACGACAGGGGCAGGGUGAGUCUAGAGAGAUGAUGCCCAUAUGCGUUGCGUUGGUAGUUGGUAUUGGCCUGGCGAGGUGGGAGGGAAGCCAGGGGAAGCAGUGUAACACGUGAUACACAUAUCGUCAGCCAGCCAUGGGCGCGACCGUCCACAGCGUUUACCGUCGGUUACGAGGUAACAUGUGAAUUCGCA